UUCAAGAUGGCAGCCUCCUGGAGUGUCAUGAGAAUUUUGUAUUUUCGGCACGGUUUAAAAGCCUAUAAAUGUUCAAGAAACCAAAAUGUCAUAUCCACGGUUUCACCGUUGUCAUAUUUUUCAACGAGUUCCACAUGUCUGAAACAGAACAAAAAGUAUGAAGUCUUUCAGUAUACAGUUCCAACAAAACCAGGCGAAAAAAAAGAUGUAAGUGUUGAUCUCCCGUCAGCCUAUUCCCCACAGUUUGUUGAGGCGGCUUGGUAUGAGUGGUGGGUGGAACAGGGCUUCUUCAAGCCAAGGAAAACAGAGAAGUCAGAUGAGAAGUUUGUUCUCUGCCUACCCCCACCAAAUGUUACUGGUACCCUGCAUUUGGGACACGCCUUAACAUGUGCUGUACAAGACGCCAUUGUUAGAUGGAACCGUAUGAGGGGACUUGAAACUGUCUGGGUGCCAGGCUGUGAUCAUGCAGGUAUAGCUACACAAGUUGUUGUGGAGAAGCAACUCUGGAAGGAGAGUAAGCAGACUCGGCACGACAUCGGCAGGGAGGCCUUCCUGGAGAAAGUCUGGCAGUGGAAGGGCAGUAAAGGGGAUACAAUCUAUAACCAGAUGAAGAAGAUGGGAGCUUCCCUCGACUGGAGCAAAGAAUGCUUCACUAUGGACGAGUCAAUGUGUAAAGCUGUGCGAGAAGCGUUUAUUCGACUGCACGAUGAGGGGCUUAUAUACAGAAGUGGGCGUCUUGUGAAUUGGUCCUGUCAUUUACGUUCAGCCAUCUCAGAUAUAGAGGUUGUCAAUGAACAAGUUGAAAAGCCAACCAAACUGAAAUUACCAGGGUAUGAAAAACCGGUCACAUUUGGAGAGAUUACAUCCUUUGCCUAUCCUGUAAUGGGUUCAGAAGAGGAAAUAGUAGUUGCAACCACUCGUCUGGAGACAAUGUUAGGUGACACUGCGGUGGCAGUCCAUCCCGAGGAUCCGCGGUAUUCCGACCUGCAAGGGGCCUUUGUGGAGCACCCAUUUGACGGGCGACAUAUUCCGGUCAUAACUGACGAAUCUGUAGAGAUGAAUUUUGGCACAGGGGCCGUGAAGAUCACUCCAGCUCAUGACCACAAUGAUUACAGCAUGGGGACCCGACACAAUUUGUUAUUUAUCAAUAUUAUCAAUGAUAAUGGAGAGAUGGAAAAUGUUCCGGAGCAAUUCAAUGGAAUGAAGAGAUUUGAAGCAAGAGAAAAAGUUGCUCAGAUGUUGCAAGAAAAGGGGUUAUUUAGAGGCAAACAACCUCACUCUCUCGUCUUACCUAUUUGUCAACGAUCGGGCGACAUUAUUGAACCAAGAAUAAAGGAGCAGUGGUAUAUCGACUGUGCACAAAUGACAGCAGAUGCUUUGCAGGUAGUCGAUGAUGGAUCUCUUACUCUUUAUCCGGAAUUUCACAAUAAAGUUUGGCAUGAAUUUAUGACCAGUGAAAAAUCAAAAGACUGGUGCAUCUCGAGACAAAUCUGGUGGGGUCAUCGUAUCCCAGCCUUCAAAGUUGUUUUGAACAAUAAAGAGGAAAAUAGCCAAGAUAUGUGGAUUAGUGCUCAGAGCCACAAAGAGGCAGUCUUGAAGGCCAAAGAAAAACUAAGUUUAAGGGACACAGAAUUUUCAUUGGUUCAAGAUGAAGACGUCCUUGACACCUGGUUCUCCUCGGCAUUGUUCCCAUUUUCGGUGUUUGGAUGGCCAGAAAACACUGUGGAUCUUUCUAGCUAUUAUCCUAACAGUUUGCUAGAAACUGGGAACGACAUACUCUUCUUUUGGGUGGCAAGAAUGGUCAUGCUCGGACAGAAACUAACUGGGCAGUUACCGUUUUCAAAGGUUCUCUUACACGGAACAUUGCGAGACUCAAAGGGAAGGAAAAUGAGCAAGUCACUGGGAAACGUUAUUGAUCCAAUGGAUGUGAUAUUUGGGAUAUCUUUAAAGGACCUCCAAAAACAAGUUGAUACGCUUGGUUUUGACCCAGUUGAAAUGGAGACUGCCAAAAAGGGACAACAUAAGGACUUCCCUGAUGGCAUACAGGAGUGUGGCACUGAUGCUCUUAGAUUUGGCCUGUGUUCGUACCAAUUUAAAGAUCCAGAAAUAAGAAUGAACAUUGACCACGUGCAGAACUACCGCCAGUUUUGUAACAAAGUAUGGCAAGCUUUUAAGUUUGUACGGCAACAAAUUGGACCUAAUUUUGACGGGAGGAACAUUGAUAUUUCUUCCAUGUCAUCGUCGCCAAUUGAUGUUUGGAUACUUGGAAGAUUAAGCCAUUUAGUUAAACAGUGUGACAAGCAUUUCAAUAACUUUGAUCUACAUCUUGUCACUCAAGCGCUUUAUAAUUUCUGGAUAAAUGAUUUUUGUGCAAUUUACCUGGAGUAUUCGAAGCAAAUGACAAAUGGGGAAACAUUCUGUAACGUUCAACGUGUUCUGUUCUUUUGCACUGAGACGUUUUUGAGGGCACUUAGUCCAUUUAUGCCUUAUUUGACUGAAGAACUUUAUCAGCGACUGUUGAUCCAAAACGAGACGUCAAUAUGCAUGGUGGAUUACCCAAUAACGGAGAACUAUCCGUGGAAAAAUGAAGCAAUAGAAUCGGACAUGGAACUUGUGAAAAACGUUUCGUCCGGAACUCUUUCACUUAUGAAGCUGUUUGAAUUAUCCCCAAAAUCUUCAGAAGUGUAUAUACAACUGCAAGAUUGUUCCUUGGACACGUAUAUGCCUGUUAUCUCCUCACAACUUAAAACAAAAUAUGUAUCUUUUCUGGCGGAUGAUCAACCAUUGCCAUGCCGAUGUUUGCAGAAAGAAAUAUCACCUGGGAUAAUCGUUUUCGUUAGAAUAGAGGACGCCAGUAAAAUUAAAGAGCAACUUCAUAAACUUGAAUUGAAUAGACUUGCAACUCUAAAAAAGAUUGAGAUAUUGGAAAAGAAGCGGCGUAAAAGCCAGCCUGAUAUGGAAAACAAGAUUGACCAAUUAUACAACAAAGUUAAAUCAAUAGACGGACAAAUAACAGAUAUCCAGUCCUUAUCGAUUUGAAUGCAAUGCCUGUUAGUAAACAAAUGCUAAGGUGUUCAAAGUUGCUACGUAUUUGCAUGCGAUUCCAUUAUGUAUGAAUGCAUGUAAUCCCAUUACUGUAAAAGUACUUUUGUGUCGAUUAUAAUUAUCAACACUUUAAAACUUUUGAAUUAUUACCAAAUAUCUGUGUUAUUUGAUAGAAAUCAACUUUAAGAACAAGUUUCACAUGUGUUAAGUCUAGCUCGCUAUUUUUUAUAAUAAAGUUUUACCUUGAAUUUGUAUGUUUCGUUUCAUUCUUGAUAAUCUGUUUCCAGGCAUACAUUUUAAUGGGUUUAUUCGUCAAUGUACAUUUUAAUGUAAUAGUUUAUACCUUAAACCACAUUGUCGGGUUAUGUUGUAUUUAUUACUAGAUAACUAGACCCGUUAACCGUUCACGUUUCAAACAUUGGGUUGCACUUCACUAUUUGUACGGUAACGUGUACUUUGUGAUCUACAUCAUCCAUGUAUAUGUGCAUUUUACACUUUUAUAACGUCAUUUACGAUAGAACGAGGAAAGUGAUCGAUGCGAAUUUUAGCGAGCAUACAAGUACAUUGAAAUUUAAUAUUCAAUUCGCACUCGAGUUUUAAACCCGACUAUAAAUGUAUGAACUCUAACACGCAUACCUUUAGUUUCGCAGCAUUUUUAUUGAAUGGUUACCAUGGCAACUAAUUUUUUUGUUUGCCUUUCAUCUUCAUAUUUAUUAUACUAUUAAUUGUAAAAUGCAACAGUCAAGCAGUGAAUGGAAGAAUGUAAAUGUUCUUUGACUUUAACCUUAUUGCUAGCUCAUUCUUCAAAAUAUACGGAUUUUUUAAAAUUUCUUAAAACUAGACAUUUUUUCAUCAUUUUUUUUAACGUGAAAUAAAUUGCUCUAAACAUUGUGUAAGCUCUGAUAUUUAGGAAU